CUGAGAGUCGGUCAAACAGAGCGGUUUCAGUUUGCCAGAAACCACACGGAGUUUUGUUCAGGGGAUUCAGUUUUUGGUGUUAAAAUACAGCAGCAGUUGUGAUGAAACGCGAUCAAAUGGUGCAGAGAAGCGGGGAUACAGCCUGACAGAGCCUGCAGGUUCCACCAGAUUCCUGUGGAUCCACCUCAGUCCAUAUCUCUACACCGUAAUCCAAAUGGAUUUUCACUUUGAGAGGAUGAGUAACCUUGACCUACACCCGCUGAGUCUUCCGGUCAGUCGACUGUCUCCGGCCAAGUCCAGCAGCAGUAUUGAUCAGUAUACCCACCACCACCAUAGCAAAGGAGACUCUGCCUAUAGCUCGUUUUCGGGUGGCUCCACAGUCCCUGAUUAUCCUUCUCCUUUUCUACUGGAUGAACUCCAGUCACAAAGCUUGCACUACAAUGAUCUGAAGCAUGUAAAAGCUAAAUAUAGCCCCACCGCUCUUGACUCGGAUUCCAAGAGUAUGGACCAGCUGUACCGUUCAAUGGAGAUUGUUUCCAAACCUCAUUGGAGCAGUAGUGGCUUCCCUAAAAUUGAAGAUCCACCACAUCCCUUACUACCACCACCACCUCCACCACCACCUGCUCGUCUGAACAGUUUUGUAGCAACCAGAAACCUUGAAAACUUAAGGACACGUCAAAGUCCAGAAGGACAGCAUGCUGACAUUUCUACUUUACAGCAGGCGAGUAGUCCAGAGGUUUAUAGUGUCCAGGCUGACACACUUUCACAGCUUAAUGAUCACCUUGAUCAUGGGGACAAGAUGCUUGAUGCACCGAACCAUACAGGAAUUUUAAACAGAUCAUCCCUGCAAACCUGUCAACCAGAUCCCUUGCAGCGCUCCAGGAAUGGCCAUUCGGAAACCCAACGGAAACGGUCACAUUCAGCUUAUUGUGCACCAGUUUCUGAGCAUCAAAGCUCUUGCAAUAUGCCACAAAACAUGAUCAGUGGGAGCAUUCAGCACAAAGGACAGUUUUACUUUGUUACUGGCGUCUUCAAGUCUUCAGAGCCAAGCAUCGAGCAAGAUGAUGGUGCAGAUUUGGAAACCUCCACCGAGUGGUUUUAUAAGGCUCAGCGGAGAAGGCAGAGCUGUCCGGAUGGUCCGAGUGGUAAACUCUUUUUCCAAGAGGAACACAAAUUUAGCAUUCAAAAUGAAGAUGUGGAGCAUCUUAAUGACCAGGCGUUUUUUAGGCCAGAGCAGACUUGUGAAAGUGUAGAGGACCAGAAAGCCAUGAGUAGAGAAACUGGCAGGCAUCACUCCACUAGCCAUCCUAUCUUCUACUGUGGUCCUGAGGACAGUUCAGCUGGUGUAAUAAUGACCCCUGCUCUAAUUAAGGAAGACCAUCUUAAGAUUGAAGAAAGAUUGGCAAGAGUUUCGAGGUGGCCUCAAUUGGAUAUUCCAAGUGACAAGAUCAGCAAAGAGACGACUCCGCUUUUGUAUCACCUCACAGGAGCGAACAGGGCAUCCCAUGCAGACAAACAGUUCAAAAACAAUAAUGAUACUGGUGUAGAGCUCAAGAAUCCAGAAUGUGUUAAAGAUGAACCGAAAGCCGUCUAUGAUGGGCAAACCUCUCCCAGCAGUGAAAAGUCUAAAGAAGAGCAACCAAAUGAGUUUUUCUACCAAUGCGCAACACUAGAUGACUCCUACAAAAAAUAUUACAAGGAGAAACUGAAAGAUGUCCAGUCCAAGGUUUUAAGGGAGACCUCAUUUAAAAGAAGAGACUUGCAACUUUCUCUUUCCCACAGAGUUAAGCAGUGGACAGACAAAAAACUUUCUGUCGUACCUUCAACCCCUUCAACACUAGAUCUACGACCCAACUUGGACAUCCACCCCACCCCACAAAAGCCUCAAGAUACAGACCAGGAGAACACUGGACAGGAGAUUGAAAAGGAAACCGUAAAACCCAAGAAGCCACAGAAUAUUGCUCAACCGCAGGUACCUCGGGUGGGGAGCAGGAAACGUUUGACAGCAGAUCAGAAAAAACUCUCCCACUCUGAGCCAGAGAAGCUACACCAGCUUGCAGAUGGACCAUCUCAUACGACCUGCCGCUCUCUUGGAAAUGAAUCUGAAGGUCUUCUCUCAGAGGCUGAUCACGGUUUGGUGGCUUCACGGCGGAAGAUGUUUGAAACACGAGGCCGUGCUAUGUCUGCUUCUAACUUUUCAAAAUCAUCUCUGAAGCACCUUCAGCAUAAAGCUUUAGUAGCAUACAUGGAGCGUAAAACUGGUCAAAAGGUUGCUGAACCUCAGCAUCCAAUUCCACAAGAGCCCACCCACUGGGAUUACACUGUAGAGGGACAGUCUGAAAGGAUUGCCCAACACAAUUCUGGCUCCAAGAAGCUCCAAAGACCUCUUUCUGCAGGUCAGAUUCUUGACUCUGUGUCCAGUUCUGUUAAAUACAGCCAGUUCAUCACUGAUCAGUCCAGCGUUCAUUCAAGGCAAUCCAGCUGGAGAGAGAAGACUCCUGCCACAGGGAAAUCUGCCUCCGUGGAGAGUCUCUUGGACCAGCCUGAACAACCAAAGCUCCCACGGUCUCGCAGCACCUCGAUUCCCCAUGCUUUCCAGAUUCAAAAGCAUCCGGAUGAGCUCUCGACCAUAAAUAACAAGGCUAUGUCAAGCGCUCAAAGAAAAGUAGAAGGUAAAGCCAUCCGUCAGAGUUAUCCUGCAUCAGUUCCUGAUGAGCGACGCUUUCAAGUCAGAGCUUCAAGAGGAAAGUCUAUGGAGGAACUCGGCGCGUCUGCCGUCACGAAACCGGCAGCUCUCAGCAAAAGCUCAGAGCAACUCGACCAGCAUUUGGGACACAAGAGAACUGUUUCAUUCCUUGCUGAAGGAAGACGUGCACACAGGAACAUUCACAGCAGUACAGAAAACACUCAGGCAGGUCCUGAGAAUCCAUGGUUAACCAGUACUAUAAAGCACGAAUCCUCCAAUGAUGAUGAACGCCAUGUGGUUUCACACACUACACAUAAACAUGUGGAUUACAGCAUUGUGUCUGUGCCCAGUCCCUUAUCUGAACACGGUGGAAUAAAGCUGGAUAUCAGAAAAGAGCAAGAUUGUUUUCCUCAAGAUGAGAAUGAAGCCUCUGUCGUGUCCAAUGAAGAAGUUUCUCUCAGUCAUGGAGUCACUACAGAUCCCAGUCUGUGGAUUUCUGCCAUCGAGAUAAGUGAGGAAGAGCCAAAAAUCUGUCCGUCUACUGAAACUACAACAUUUGGUGAACCUCAAAAUCCACCGCCUGCCUCAUCUGCUGAAAACCACGAACCCACAUCCAUCCCAAAUCAUGCUGAAAUCCAGGAGGUUUUGGAGUCUGUAGGGGAACCUGAGGAAGACGAUGUGAAAAGUGAUGAAGAUGACCCUAAAAACAACACUGAAGGGAAUUUGCUGGAGUGGGAGGUUCUGGUUCAGGAAGUGGUCUCAGCCGACCAAUCGUUAGCUCGCACGCUUUUUCCGGUAGCCAAUAGGAAGACGGCACUGAUGCUGAUGGAGCAGCUGCUGUCUGAGGAUACUCUUCUGAUGGAGGAGCACUACAAGAACAAACACCAGCAGAUGCUUCACAACCCAGAGAAGGACACACACUGCUCUGAGAUGCCUGUUGGUGAUGAUCUACCAAAACAUCUGUCAUCUGUGAACAAAAACUCUGCUAUCAAAUACCAAAAAGAUGUACAGUGCAACACUGAAAUGGAUAUCGUCAGUAAAAAGAAGCAGCUCAUGGCGCAUAUAAAGCAUCAGUUGAAGAGUCUGGAGGACGUGCGCUCUGCCGUCCAGGCUGAGGAGAAGGCGAACGGUGCACGCGGAGAGGCCGUACAGGCGCUGGUAGGACUCUGCUGCAUCCCAGCCGAGCUGGAGCGAUACACACAGUUCAUAGGAGACCUGGAGCGAGUGCUGAGUCUGCUGCUGUGCCUGUCCGCCCGGCUGGCCCGCGUACAAAAUGCCCUCAGCACUGUGGACGACAGCAUUGACGCCGAGGAGAAACAAUCUCUGGACAGCCGCUACCGUCUCCUGUGCAAACAGCGGGACGACGCCAAAGACUUGAAGGAUAACCUCGACCGGCGGGAGCGCCUGGUGUCCGGCAUCCUCUGCAAACAGCUGACGGACACACAGAUGCAGGAGUACCGGCGCUUCAUCCAGACCAAAGCCUCGCUCCUCAUCCGACUCAAAGACCUGGACGAGAAGCAGCGUCUGGGAGAAGAGCAGCUGGAGGCUUUACUCUGCAGUUUACCUCUGUGAGGAUGAAGGUGCCCGAGAUAAACAGACUUCACUCCGCCUUCAUAUUUGGGUGUUAUUUUAUUUUGAUGGUCCCAUAUUUGGACAUCCAAUAAUCAAUCUUAAAACCUUUUUGUUUAUAUUCACGUUUUUUUAUUGCAAAAAGAGACAUUUCACAGCAGCUGUUUUUACAGCAAAUUCUCCAAAUUAAAUUCCCUAAUCAGGGAAAGAAAACUAAAGCAGCACAUCCUUUUACAUCA